GUUUCCCAAGCCGGCAGGCUGCCUACGUGUGAUUUUUUGUUGAUUCUUUGGAACCAAACAAGCCACGGGGCGGUCACCGCGUGUGAAGAGCAUAUAUUUUAUUAAUAUUGCUGCUUAUUGCAAUUGAAGAACUUGAGCUGAAUAGAGUGAACCAUGCUGGACAUUGAGCAGAUGAGCCGUUUUGUUUCGCCGGUGAACCCCUCCAUCUUCCCGCAUCUCACAACCCUGCUUCUGGGAAUAGGCAUCUUCUACACUGCCUGGUUCUUUGUGUAUGAGGUGACCAGCACCAAGGUGACCCGGGAGCUGGUCAAGGAGCUGGCGCUGGCAGUGAUGGCCGCCAUCUUCAUGGGGGCCGGCACCGUGUUCCUGGCGCUCACAGUCGGCAUAUAUGUCUAGCGGCAGGCUUGGAGGGGGUGAAAAGGUUUCUUUUUCAAGUGCACAUCAACACGGCACCCUGGGUGAAGUGAAUUGUUUGGCACCAUCGCCGACUGCUGUGAGGGCAACACUGAAGUCAAGUCAGGCAUUCCAUGUGAUUUUCAUGUCUGCAACCUAUGGUUCAUGUCUCAAAUAUAUCUCGAUUCGGUA